AUGCUUCCAUCCUCGACGCUCACUCGACCUCAGUUUCAGGAAGCAUGCAAAGCUUUCCUGCUGAAAUAUAAUUCUCAUGGGUCUGGUUUAGCUGAUGCCCAUUAUAGAGGUUGGGAAUGGUCAGAACAUGCUACAGUGAAUGGUUUUGGCUUUCUUUCUCGCUCCGUUAUUUCUUCUAUGAGAGAACAGCUUCUGGACCACAGCCUGAAUGAGGAGCUUGUGGAUGAUGCCUCCGUGGCGUCUAAUGAUGAUGAAGCCACGUCCUCAUUUUCUGCCACCGAAGCUGUCAUCUCGACCCAAAGCGUGGUCUUCUCUCCGACUUUCCAAGUUCCAGUUUUCUACUUCACUGCCCAUAAUUCAAAAGGAUCUCCUCUUGAGUUAGCGCAGAUUAUGAAAACUGCCUUGUUUCGUCGACAUGCCUUUUCAGAGACAGACGUCACAGCAUUCGCGCUCAGCAGUACCAGCUCUCCAUUUCCGCUGUUGUCUCAAGGCGAUCACCCCACACUUGGAACGCCGUCUUGGUAUAUCCACCCGUGCGAAACGCCGGCGGCUCUUGCCGAGCUGACAUCUGAAGUCAUGGCCGAGGCGAUGCCCGAGGAGGGGACUACACGGUGGGCAGGAGACGCAGGGUUGAUCCGAUAUAUGGAGAUCUGGUUCAUGCUCCUUGGUAAUGUCGUUGACUUGAACCCAUGAGCGAUUUUCUCCCUUCCUGUAGUUCUGCGUACAGUGAAUUGACGUUGGGUUUCCCGGAAUAAUACUUUUCACAUGAG